UUCUCUUUUUUUUUUGUACCUUCUCCUCCUGUCGCUGCAGCGGGGGUACCUCCUCAGAUCCGAGCUGAGCAGGGAGACCAGCUGAUCUCAGCAUCUCUCCACACCGACAGGACCAACAAGAGGGAGAUAACGGCAAAAGUUUUGCAUCUUUUCAACAAAGUCCAAAGCUGUUGUUGUUUUUUAUUACUCUAUUUUAUGGCAGCAAUAUAAUCAAUACCUGCGCCGAAAGAGAGAAAAAAAAGAGAGACUGUAUGCAAACCUUGGAUUUUUUUAUUUGUUUUGUUUAAUUUGUUUUAGGGGAAAAUUAUAAUUUUUUUUAUUUCGCUAAUAAAACGAGGACAGAAGGAUACCUGCUAUUUCAAGGGGCCGCGGAGCGCAUCUGGGCCAAAUUCCAAUGCGAUGCUGUGGAUGUGACUUCAGUCAACAGCGAAACGCACUCCGGUGAACUACAAUGAAAGACGAAUUUACUGAUGAAGAGGAGGUGCAGUCCUUUGGCUAUAAACGGUUUGGAAUUCAGGAGGGCGCAGAGUGCACAAAGUGUAAAAAUGAAUGGGCACUAAGGGUAGCCAUCGCUCUCCUCUAUGUGCUCUGUGCCCUGCUCACCAUUGCAGUUGCUGUCCUUGGAUACAAAGUCGUCCAGAGGAUGGAAGGUGUCUCAGAGGACAUGCUGAAUUAUGGAGGCAAGAUCAAUGCUGUGGAAACAGACUUAAAGAAACUAGAUGAUCAAGCCGGAGAGAAGUCCCUCAACGCCACCAGUGAGAUUAAUACUUUCAAAUCAGAUCUGGAAGCAUUGCAAAACCAGCUGACAGGCAUUAGCAGUAGAGCAACGAGCAACAGAGACAGGCUAGAAGAGCUGCUGGUCACCGGGGAUAACAUGCAGAAUGGCCAUGUCUCUCUUCAAAGUGUUCUGGCUAGCAACGCAGACUCACUGCGAGGGAUCAAUCAGUCGUUGGCCUCCUAUAGUGGGAUGAUUAACGACCUCCAGGCUGACACUGCACGGCUCCAGUCUGAGCUCCAGGACCAGGUCAAAGUGCAGAGCGAGACUCAAGUUGGCGUCAAGUUGCUUAAUAUCACCCAAGGCCAGCAGCGCAACUUGAUCGUCACACUGCAGAAGACAGUCGAAGACGUUAGCCAGGCGGUACAGAAGCUGAAGAAUGACUAUCAGGUCCUGCAGCAAACGGCCAACCAUACGCGUUCAGAUUCAGAGUGGCUAAAAGAAAAAGUCCAGAAACUUCAGGUUUUGGCUGCAAAUAAUUCUGCCCUGUCUGUCUCCAACGGAGACACACUGGAUGACUUGAGAGGCCAACUUAACACUUUAGCCAGCCAAAUUCAGAACAUCUCAGCCAUCACCGAGAGCCAAGACCAAGGCUUACGCAAGCUAAUGGACCACCAGAGAGACAACGAUAAUGCCACCUCAUCAAAGUUUGAUGAGAUGGAAGCACGACUGGACAGACACGAGAGCAACAUGGACCGCGUGACAGGAAACAUGAGCUACGCUUCCCAGAUCUUAGGUGUCAUCAGCACUGACCUGACCAGCCUGAGAUCCUGCGCCGAGACAGUGAUGAGACAUACAGACGUGUUAGCAGGACUGAAUGCUACUGUGGAAGAGGCCAAGGCCAACGGCAAAGAGCUGCGCACACAGCAGGAAGAGCUUGCAAGCAGGUUGGACCUAGAGGUGAACAACCUGUCCAUGGUGAUGGAGGAGAUGAAGCUGGUGGACAGCAAGCACUCGCAGCUCAUCACCAACUUCACCAUCCUGCAGGGUCCACCAGGUCCAAAAGGCUCCAGGGGUGAUAGAGGUCCCCAAGGCCCUAUGGGCCAAACAGGACAAAAGGGUGAUAAAGGAGAUAAAGGAAUGCCGGGGCUGGUGGGGCCAAAAGGAGACAGAGGUGCUACUGGACCACCGGGAGUGACCGGUCCGAAAGGUCCCCCCGGAGCUCGGGGGCUUCCAGGACCUAAAGGAUCUAGAGGGGUAGGAGGUAGACCUGGAAACCCUGGUGAGAAAGGUGACCCUGGAGCUAAUGGCUUACCUGGAUCAGAUGGAAAACCUGGGUUGCCAGGGCCACAAGGGCCACAGGGACCUAGAGGAGCAGCAGGACCUCCUGGCAUGGAGGGGCCUCGUGGGCUUGUUGGUCCAAUCGGACCUGCUGGUCCUCCAGGCCUUCCGGGCCUCCCUGGAUCUGUGUCUCCUUUCAUUAAUCCUUCCAGAGCCCCUCAAGUUGUCAAACCUCCUUUACCGACUUUAGCUCCAGUGACAACGGACAGACCAAAAAGCUCCAUGUCUCGGCAGGAUCAGCCCCUAGCAGCUGUGCCCACCGCUAUGCCUGGUUGUCCUUCUAAGUUCAGGAAGUUUGGGAGCAGCUGCUACUACUUCUCCUCUAGUUCCCAGAGGCUUAACUUUAACGAAGCAAACAAGUUCUGUAAAAACAUGUCCUCCCAUAUGCUCAUAAUCAAUAACAUUGAAGAGCAGCAAUUUAUAAGAAAUGCCAUUUCAAAAAAGGGCUUUUUCUGGCUUGGGCUCACUGACAAGGAGGAGGAGAAUGUUUGGAAGUGGGUGGAUGGAAGCAUACCAGUUUUUACAAACUGGAAACCUGGUCAGCCAGAUAACUGGACUCAUGGUCAUGCAAAUGGGGAGGAUUGUGCAGGUCUUAUCCAUAAUGCCAACUGGAACGAUUUCUACUGCACAGACCGCAUUGGUUUCAUCUGUGAACGCACUUCUGAGGGAAAAAUCAAGAACAUUCACCAAAACCUUGGAUCAACGGCUCAUCUCAGCACCUCACCAGAUCUUCCCUCGCCUACACAGUCGCUCUCCUCCUUCCAUCUUCCCACUGUCUCGGAAAUCACAGAGCUCAUUCGGAAAUCCAAACCAUCCACCUGUCAACUGGACCCCUUCCCAACACAACUUGUCAAAACCUGCCUCCCCUCUCUGGUUCCCCUCAUCUCCGCUAUCAUCCACACCUCCCUCACCACUGGAACUGUCCCUACACUUCUCAAAACUGCUGCCAUCACUCCGAUUGUAAAAAAACCUGGUGCCGACCCGAUCAACUUCAACAACCUCCGUCCUAUCUCCAAUUUACCCUUCAUUUCCAAAAUUCUUGAAAAAACAGUUGCCUCCCAGCUCCAUACUCACCUAUCUGCCAACAGCCUGUAUGAAGAAUUUCAGUCUGGUUUCCGGCCACUCCAUAGCACUGAAACAGCACUCAUCAAAAUCACCAAUGACCUCCUCAUGGCAUCUGAUUCUGGACUACUCACCAUCCUCAUCCUCCUCGACCUGAGUGCAGCCUUUGACACCAUCUGUCACACCACUCUCCUCAGUAGGCUUUCUUCCAUUGGCAUCACUAACACUCCGUUGGACUGGUUUAUUUCCUACUUCUCUGACCGCACUCAGUACAUUCAACUGAAGACCCUCAAAUCCACCCCCUCCCCCCUCACCUCAGGCGUGCCCCAGGGCUCUGCAACUGAUGCAGAUGACGAGCAGACAAAAGGCAUCAAGAUUGGUGUCCUCUCGGUGCUUGAUGAUGAUGACGCAGUCAUUAAUAUUGCCCUCGUGUUGGAGGAAACCAUUGUCCUCAACGACAUCCCAGACACCCCGACUGCGCUUGCGUUUCUUUUUGGCCUGCUUUAUGCCCUCAACAUGGAGUUUCCAAAAGACAGCAGGAAGGCGAAAUAUCUUGUUGUCAACACCCGAGCGAUGCCUCUCUUCGCGACCAACCCCUUUGACCAAGAUGUUGAGAAAGCUACCAGUGAGAUGAAUACGGCCGAGGACUGGGGCCUCAUUCUGGACAUAUGUGAUAAGAUAGGCCAGUCCCGCACCGGGCCCAAAGAAUGUCUCCGCUCUAUAAUGAGAAGAGUGAACCACAAGGAUCCCCACGUAGCCAUGCAGGCAUUGACUCUGCUGGGCGCUUGUGUUUCAAACUGUGGCAAAAUCUUCCACUUGGAGGUCUGCUCCAGAGAGUUUGCCAGUGAAGUCAGUAAUGUCUUAAACAAGGGUCACCCAAAAGUGUGUGAAAAGCUGAAGGCGCUGAUGGUGGAGUGGGCAGAGGACUUCCGCAACGAUCCACAGCUCAGUCUGAUCUCGGCGAUGAUCAAGAAUCUACGCGAGCAAGGAGUCACCUUCCCAGCGGUGGGAUCCCAGGCUGCAGAGCAGGCAAAAGCAAGUCCAGCCUUGGUGGCAAAGGAUCCCUCCACCACAACAAAUAAAAAAGAGGAAGAAGAUCUGGCCAAAGCGAUCGAGCUGUCGCUAAAGGAGCAGCGUCAGCACCCGCAGACGUCGCUGUCCAGCCUUUACCCGAACGCGUCCAGCCUGCUCUCCACACACAAGUCCGACGGCAGAAAAGUCCGCGCCAUCUACGACUUCGAGGCUGCAGAGGACAAUGAGCUCACGUUUAAGUCGGGAGAAAUCAUCACCAUCCUGGACGACAGUGACCCCAACUGGUGGAAAGGGGAAACGUACCAGGGAGUCGGCUUGUUCCCUUCUAACUUUGUCACUGCUGAUCUCACUGCAGAGCCUGAGAUGAUGAAGACGGAGAAGAAAUCUGUGCAAUUCAGCGAAGACAUCCAGGUGGAGACAAUAGAGCCUGAACAGGAGCCUGUUUAUAUAGACGAGGACAAAAUGGACCAACUGCUCCAAAUGAUUCAAAGUGCAGAUCCGACAGACAACCAGUCUGACAGCGUCGAGUUACUCCAGCUGGAAGGUGCCUGUAAUCAAAUGGGACCCCUGAUUGACCAGAAGUUGGAGGAUAUAGACAGGAAGCACUCUGAGCUGUCAGACCUAAACGUCAAGGUGAUGGAGGCGUUGUCCCUCUACGCAAAGCUGAUGAAUGAAGAUCCAGUGUACGCCAUGUACGCCAAACUGCAGAGCCAGCAGUACUACAUGCAGCAGCCUGCGAGCGCAGCGCAGCAGGUCUACCCUGGUCAGCCUGCGUCAGGUUCAUACGCCAUGAGCGCUACCCAAGGUUAUACGGUUCCCGUGGAGCAGCUUCCUGCUGGCGCGCCCAUUCCUGGUCAGCCAGCUGCCAGUGACGUCCACAUGUACAUGGGCCAGCCACCGGUCUACACCGCAGCCCCCGGCGCUAUGGCUCCAGCAGACGGCCAGUCGUACCCAAACCCGGCCAGCGCCGCGGGCCUCGCACAGUGCACAGCUCCCGCAGGCAUGGCGCAGACGGCAAACUACAGCGCCCCGUCAGGCACAAGCUUAGCACAGCCCUCAGACGUCCCGCAGGCCCAGUACUCAGAAAAAGCCCUGCUAUAGGGCCCCCUCCUCCUCCUCCUCCUCCUCCUCCUCUUUACAUAUGGGAUAAACAGACACGUCAUCACCCCGUCGUAAGAAAUAGCUCAUUGUUGUUCCUGUUAAGAAGCGGCGGGGAGGUUUAAAAAUUUCAACCACAUCAGGAAAACACUGGCGGUUUGGUGUAGCUUGUGUUUUUAUUUGGCAAAUUCUCACAUGUAAAACUACCGUUACUUCUGUCUGCUGCUCGUGGGCUGUUCAUGGAGUGUUGACUUGAGCUCCCAAGUAGUUUUUGAAAGGUAUUCAUCUCUUCUUAUUGAUCAUGUUUGCACAUUUUGACCUCCUCAGAUGUUGGAACAUUCAGCCCGUUUUAGUUGGGCUGAUUUAUGUUUAGGUCGUGGUUAAAGUCUAAGCACCUGAGCUAAAUCUGCCCACAAUAGACUCACUUUUUGUGUACAAAUUCUGACAUUUAAGGAUUCAACCAUGUUAGAUGUAAAGCUUUAUAGGAAUAACUAAUUGUUACUUUCUUAAUAGUUUUUUUUUCCCCCCUCAAAAAAGCUAAAUAGAUCCUUUAAAAAGGGUCUAUGGUUCUGUUUUAGAUGAAUUUGUAAACAGAAGAAAAAAAAAAAAACACAAUUUAAAAUGUUUUCAAAUCUGUUACAUUUUUUAAUAUGAUUGCAGUUGUUUUGACAUGUAGACACACCUUACUCUUAGAGAUUAUAGUAGUUUAAUCCUCUCACCAAUAUAGGUGCAACAAUUUAAAAAAGUGAACCUCUUAUUCACUCGAUAUACACCAAGCGAUAUGUUUUCAAGUAUUCAUUUCGGUUGAUUUUGAAGAUUACAGCUAAUGAAGACCCAAGAUUCAACUUGCUGCUAAAUUGGAAUAUAACUUAAAAGCAACUUAAAACAAAGCAAUUAUUAUUUGUAAUACAAAUUUCCCCCAUAGUAUCAAAUAAGGUUUUGCUUCACAAGUCCAGUCAAGGCUGUGGUUAUCACUGUUGCUAGUGUACACUUUUCUGCUGAACAUUGUCCUUCCACUAAACUUUCCACUAAACGCUUGGAUAGUGCUCUCUGUAAACAGCCUGCUUAAAAAAUGACCGUGUGACGGACAACUGCCUAAGUAGAUGUCUUCCUCUUGGUUAUGUAGGCCGUAACAUGCCCAGCAACCUCACAUUUCCUUAUUUCAUUGGUACUAGGUACUAAUUGAUCGUUCUUAUAAACUACAGUUUAGGUUUGAGUUUAGGUUUAAGCCGUAAUCAUCAAAAUGAACAGAAACAAACACUACCGAGAUGUAUCUAUGUAUGACUAUUAGAAUUUAUCCCAAAUUUCGGAUUCCUUAAUAACAUUGUCAGGUCUCUGUAAAGAAAACAGUUUGACCAAAUGGAGUAAACGAGUGUAACUACUGUGUAAUACCAUUUAAUUUUAGAUGAUGCACAUAAAACAUGCGAAAACCACAGCAGUACUUUUACAAUACUAUUAAUAGACCUGCAUCUGUGGACUGUAAAACACUAACAUAGAGAUGAAUUAAGUAAGAUACAAUAAUCUCAUCCACUACAGCCAAUUACAGUCCCAUUAAUGCUAUAGAAAGGGUGUCCCCACCACCCAACCACUUAUUUUCUACUUUUUUUUAAUUUUAUUUAAAUCCAGACUCUAAACUGAAAAUAUUGUGUUCCAGCCAAUCUUUCACAAGUGUCAUCAACUUUUUACAAGUACUGAAAACUGAAGCCACUUUGAUUUUUCUUGAAGGGAAAGGAGCAGAGCGCAAGCAUGCACGUGACACUUGUAUAUACUGUACUGAAGUAGACCCCAUGAGGUUGGCUGUAUGUUGGCACAGCUCUGGAUGUUUUCUCAAAGCCCCCCAAAAAGCUGAACCCUGCUGUUCUUGCAUGCCCCUGGUGGAUUAACCGUGUACAGCCAUCCCCAAAUGCGCGUUUUCCUAUUCAAGCCAAGCAGUUUUGCAUCCUUUGUCAGCAGCGGGGGGGUGCAGGCCUCUGUGACCAUCAGGGCUUUGCUAACAUGCGUGCACCACCGACUUGGCUGCAUAAGGGGAGAACUCCAUUGAUUUUUAAAGCAUCUCUUAUGCCAAUGUUGUUUAUUUUUUUUAUUUUAUUUUUCUCUGUAGUGCUUUCUAAUUUAUGUUUAAUUAUUAUGAUGACAUUUUUAAUGAAGUAUUGCAGGAUGUAUGUAUUCAAAGAAUAGAGUGGGAUGUGCGAUAUUCUGCCUAACCUGGUUGUAUAUUUCAGAUGAGAACCUGGACAGUUCUCUCUCCUUGUACUGUAGGUUUAAUGUUAACAUUGGAACUGACUGAACUCGAGGCCCGCCAUGUGUUUUCUGUCACUUCUCAGACUCGUGCUGACACUGAGGGAGGUAUAAUCUGAUGAAGAGGCAUUAGUUUGGGAUAAUGUUUAGUUGCUUUCUCUUGCCCAGCGUUUAAUGAUGCAUUUAGUGUGUUUAUUAGUACUGAAUAAUUUAUAUGGCUACUACAUGUAGCAAGUCUUUUGAGAAGGAUUUGAUGUUUGGAGAAACACGUUUUCAAUAAGCUAAUAAAAUGGGAAAUUAACAGUGUUUGUGUGUUAUAUUUAAUUGUGCUCUGUGAAGGAAAUUUGAAGUUCAAAUGCUGAAGUAAAAUUUUAGAGUUGGGACAAGUUUCAGGACUCUGGUGACAAAUGUUCCUCGUUUUGUUUUCUCUCCGAGUGUCUGGUUUCAAAUGCCUAAUGUCUUGCCAUCCACGUGCUGAUUUAGGCUUAAGUUCUUAGACUCCGUCUUUGACGAUUUAACUUAAACGUCGACGUUGUUGAGACAAACUAAAUGAGUCACUAUUUUGCUGCCUUCAGUUUAAAGUAAGAAAAUCUACUCUGUUCAACCAUAGCGGCUUUCUGGGACCAUGGGAGCCAGUUUGUUGUCAUGCGCCUACAGCCCUGAUGUAACUUUUCUUUAUUUUUGUACAGGAUUUUGCUGCUUUUUUUUUUUUUUUUUAAGGUUUUCUCCAUCGUCAUCAUACAGGUUCUGUCCAAACUGGUACUCUGCUGUUUCUGUGUAUUCUUUUAACCAUACCUACUGAUUGGCAUUCACAAUAAAACCAGGCCAAGUGUACAGAG